AUGGAGAAGUAUGGCAUCAACCAUAGGGCGGCAACGCCUUAUCAUCCUCAGACAUGUGGACAACUUGAAGUCUCGAAUCAGGAGACAAAGAGUAUUCUAGCUAAAACGGUGAAUGCAAACAGAACUGAUUGGGCCCGCAAGCUUGAUGAUGCUCUACGGGCUUAUCGGACUACUUUUAAGACUCUGAUUGGGACUUCGCCCUUCAAGUUAGUUUUGGGCAAAUAUUGUCACCUGCAAGUUGAAAUUGAACAUAAAGCUAUGUGGGCCCUGAAUAAAUUAAACAUGGAUUGGGAAGAGGCGACCGAACUCAGGUUGUUUCAACUCAAUGAGAUGGAUGAAUUGCGGUACCCGACGCAUAAAAGUGUAGCCCUUUAUAAAGAGAGGAUGAAGCACUAUCAUGAUAAGAAAAUCCUAAAGAGAGAAUUCUACAAGGGUGAUCCUGUCCUGCUGUUUAACUCUCAAUUGAAACUGCUAUCGGGCAAGCCAAAAUCAAGGUGGUCCGGUCCAUUUGAGGUGGUAAGUGUUUCACCCCAUCGGGCAAUUGAACUGAAGUCCGGAGAUGGAACUCGAACAUUUAAGGUGAAUGGGCAGAGAGUGAAGUACUAUAAUGAAAUGGUUGAUGUAGAUAGAUUGUUGAACGAUACCGGUUGA